AUGGAAAUAUUGACGGACGUCGGGAAUAUUAAAUUUGAUAUUGAAGUAGCGUUGGAUGAACAAUAUGGAGCUUUGCCGCUUCCUUUUGCCGGCAUGGACAAAUCCAUUGCUGCGGUGUGCCAAUUUUACCCACGUGGUUCUUGUAACAAGGGGCCGUCAUGCCCCUUCAGACAUGUCAGAGGUGACAGGACGAUUGUUUGUAAGCACUGGCUGAGAGGUCUGUGUAAAAAGGGUGACCAGUGUGAAUUUUUACAUGAGUAUGAUAUGACCAAGAUGCCUGAAUGUUAUUUUUAUUCAAGAUUUAAUGCAUGUCACAAUAAGGAAUGUCCAUUUUUACACAUUGAUCCUGAGACAAAAGUGCGCGAUUGCCCGUGGUAUGAUCGUGGAUUUUGUAGACAUGGACCAUCGUGUCGUCAUCGGCAUGUCAGAAGAGUUUUAUGUAUGGCAUAUUUAGCUGGAUUUUGUCCAGAAGGUCCCACUUGUAAAUUUAUGCACCCACGAUUUGAGUUGCCGGCUUUGCAAGACUUGCAGCCGAAAGAAGGCAAGAAAGUGAUGAUCACAUGUCACUUUUGCGGCGAGAGCGGUCACAAGGCCAUAUAUUGCAACAAAAUGCCACCGGAAGUUAGAGAAACACAAUUAAGACAAGAAGUAGAAGGAGGACCUCAUCCGCCGCAUUUCAUGAAUAUGCACAAUGGACCGCCUCCACGUGGACCACAGAAACCGCUGGAAGAAGUCACUUGCUACAAGUGCGGCACCAAGGGCCAUUACGCAAACAAAUGUCCUAAAGGUCAUCUGGCUUUCCUCAGUCACGCAAAUACCACCGGAGGCGCUCCCAAUGAUAACGCUGGCUACAGACGAUAAAAUUAAUGCUAAGAUAUUUGGAUAAUUAAAAACAGACUGUGAAAUUUAACACUAAUACUUUAUUUUUGUUUUUUUUUUUCAACAAAUACUUAA